AUGAGCUACCAGCGCAGCUACCCGGCCCUCGCCCCCGGCUCCCACAUGGACGACAAGAACAUCAAACACGAGCGUCACCAGCGCGAAGCCUUGGCCCUUCGGGGACUCGUCACGUGCGAAGAAGUGUUCGCCGCCCAUCAGCGGGAGAUGGGGGUGCUCGCAGAACACGCCGCGGCUCAGAUGGGGGACGCUACAGGCCCCCUGGAGGAGCAACUCGACAAGAUCGCGGUGCCCCAAGUCCCCGUGGGGUUAUUGAUCCCGUCGCCGCCGUGCCCGAGGACACUCGCGGCGGUGGACGGCAUGACGAUGGGGGACAUUGACCCGCUGGCCAUGCUAAUGCACACGGACUUUGGCAUCGAGGAGCGGGAUGACCUGCUCAGCGACAAGGUGGAGACGGCGAUGAUGAACUCGUUGGUGGGUGGACUGAUCUAG